GGCUGUGGAAGAUCGAAGCUGGAGUUCGGUGACUUGGGAGAACGAUAUGAAGCAGAAUGGCACCAAUGGAGUGGACGCACUUGCCAACGCCUAUGGAAUGUUGGAUCUGGAGGAGGAGGACGAAAUUCUCGUGGUCGCACCAAUGAUUCAGACCUCAGCGAAACUCAAUUGGACUAUGGUGGGGACCAUUACCUCGGAAAAGUCGGUACGUUUUUCCCAAUUUCGAGAUAUUAUGGCGUCCGUGUGGAAACCGAAAAAUGGUGUUUCCAUAACUGAAAUUGGUCCUAGGAGGUAUGUUUUUCAGUUUUAUAAUGAGGAAGAUGUCACUAGGGUUGUGGAGGAAGGUCCGUGGCUUUUUGAUCAAAACUUAAUUGUUAUGAGUAGGCUUAAAGAGGGUGAUAUUCCCAUGUCUGUUCCACUCAAUAAAGCAGAUUUUUGGGUCCAAGUUCAUGAUAUCCCAGUGGGAUAUUUCACUACUGAGAAUGCGGAACGCAUUGGGAAUUUUUUAGGAAUCUUUAUAAAAGUUGAUGAUAAUAACUUUUCUGAGAAUUGGGAGUCCUUUAUGAGGAUUCGCGUUUGUAUUGAUCUGGGGAAACCUCUGAAAAGGAAAUUGGUUUUGCAAAAAGAGGAAGGAGUCACUUUCCGUGUCAGGUUUUGCUAUGAGAAGCUUCCUAGUUUUUGUUUCCUGUGCGGAAUAAUAGGACAUGCGGAAAGCCAUUGUCCACAUAAGCAGCGGGGCUACGAAGUCACUGGGGAAAGACCGUUUGGUCCAUGGCUUAGAGCUACAAAAGGGGCAAAGCAAUGGAAGGAGAAUAAAUGGCUUGUUCCAGCAGGGAAAGGAAUCAGUUCUGAUAACAAGGCUACCAGUGCAAACAAAGAGGACGACAUGCGACCAAGUAGUGGGGAGGGCGGGCUUUCACCACACGAGAGGGGAUACAUUGAGCAGAAGCGAAGACGUGUGGGGGAUCCAGCAGUGCACCAGAACGGGGAAGAUAUGGAGAUGGUUCAGAACGAAGGAAAAAAUAGGGAGGAGGCGAGCUACAAAUCUGUAGCUCGCCAAGCAAUGCAGUAAGAGACACUGAUCCGCAGCUUCUAAAGUUAAAUAAGGCCGAGGGCCAUGAAGACUUUUUUAUUUCUUGUUGUUUUUCCUUUUAUCGUACUCAUGUUGCUUUUGUUUUUCGUUUUGAACUCUAGUGGUAGGUUGGGGUUUAUCUCUUAUUUUUUGCUUUGGGAUUCUAAGGUUGGUGGAAGCGAUAAGGCUUGUUUGGCCGUUAAAAGCUUCGAAACUCUCACAUGGUUCGCGAAUGGUCUCGCUCCUUCGGGGGUGGUCUAUUCUAAGUCUAGCCAGAGAGUGGGGGGGCCUUUGGGCUAUGCGGAGCCUCAAGAGGAGGUUUGGCGGUACAGGAGAGGUAGUACUUUUAGAAGUCUGAGUGAGGAGUUUGAGCAGUGUAAGGGGGGAAGUAUGUU